GAAGGGGAUCUCAACAGAAGUUGGAGACGCCUCCUUCCCUUCCCUUCCCCUCCCUCUCGCCUCCUCCCCUCCCUCCAAUCUGUUUUCACAAUGUGUUUGUUGCAGAUGUUUGUUGCCCCAGAUGUCAAUUGCCUGAGCUGGCAUUCAUGCACGCACGUGCCUGUGUGUGUUUUCGGUAGCCAAGCGGGAGGGUGGCGAGUGAGGAGCCGAACGCGCAGGGCGGCUUUCCAGGAGCUGUCCAGGGUCUUGAAGCGCGGAAAGGAGGCAAGCGAAGGCUGCCUCCGGAGGGCGAAGGGCGGUCUCCUGCUUCACUUCUCAGUGCCUCCAGCCCGCUGCUGCCCCUCGGAGUAGCAAGAGCGCGGGAAGGUGCUGGGGUUGGGGGGCGGGCCGGGGAGACCCGGGACAUUUUGGGGUGACUGAAAAGGAGGCAAAAGAGCGUGUGAGCAGGUGUGGGGGAGGCCAAGCCAGAGAGUGGAAGCUACAACAAACCGUGCUUCCUAGACAAGUUCGGGACGCAUGCGCAUGGCUGGCGAGCCGCCGUCCCCGGCUGAAGAGCGUUCUGCUAACGGAUGUGAGCAAUGCAAAGAUUUCCACCCGGCUCCCGGGAUCGAAGGGGAGAUUCCCAUGGGAUCAGAGCGGAUGGAAAUGCGCAAGCGGCAAACAUCUGUGGCCCAGGAGAUGCCGAGCUCCACGCAGGAAGAGGCUGGGGUAGGAAAUCGAGGCUCCAAUGCCUGCUGCUUCUGUUGGUGCUGUUGUUGCAGCUGCUCCUGUCUUACAGUUAGGAAUCGAGAUGAGAGAACAAGAGCAGCAUCGCAUGAACUCAUCAUCCCAAGCUGCGAAGAAAGCUCCACUCCUACUCUUGAAGAAGUAAAUGCCUGGGGCCACUCAUUUGACAAAUUAAUGCGAACCCCUGCAGGCAGGAAUGCUUUCAGGGAGUUCCUCCGAACAGAAUUCAGUGAAGAGAACAUGCUUUUCUGGAUGGCAUGUGAGGACCUCAAACGAGAAUCCAACAAAAGUAUCAUUCAGGAAAAAGCAAGGCGGAUAUAUGAAGAUUACGUUUCCAUUCUUUCCCCAAAAGAGGUGAGCUUGGACUCCAGAGUAAGGGAAGUUAUUAACCGGAAUAUGCUGGAACCAUCAAAACAUAGUUUUGAUGAUGCACAACUCCAGAUCUACACUUUAAUGCACAGAGACUCCUACCCUCGAUUUAUGAACUCUGUUAUUUACAAGGACUUAGUUGAGUCUCUCUCUCAGAAAUCAGCUGAAGCAUAGAAGUGAAUACAUUUAUUUUCAUUUUACACACAAAAUUCUGUUAUUGUCAACUAUCAACUAAUAUGGAAUUUAGAAUUGAUUAACCAUUACCUGAAAAUAAAUCCAUCAUGUUUCAUAUUUUAAUACAAAUGUCAAAAGUAUUCUCAUAUGGAGUGGUUUCCAAACCCACAAGCUAACUGCAACUUCUGAUGGGGUAAUAGUGAGACCUGGUGACAAGAAAAAGUGUGUUGUUUUUUAAACACACACACACACACACACCUUGUAUUUGGAAACAGCUUUCAGUUAGCUAGAACUAAUUGGGAGCGGGGGAUGCAUUUUUUAAGAGUGGAGUAGUUAUUCCACUACUCCACUUUUCCCCCAUUCAAGAUUCCGACCCAAUACAAUAUGAAUACUGUAUACACAACUGUGGGGCUACAAUUAGUUGAACUGCUGGGACCAAGCUUACACUAGUGUGUCAUUUCACUUUCAAUAUUAUCCUGUCUCUGAAUCAGAAGCAAGUGCUCUGAACUCAAACCACCAUAAAAUUGGGCUAGUAUUGAGACAACCAUGUCAUAACUAUUGCAUGUUCAAUAAGGCACUACAUUGGCAAGAAGCAUCUGGAAUUCAGCCUUUAACAUUAACAUCAUUUGGAGUUUUGCCUUUUAUUUAGAUGGGAGUUGAAUUACAACUUUCCUUGAACAUGAGCAGUAUGUUAGAAGUCAAAGGCAAAGCCAAGUUAAAAUGUUUUUUACAUAAAUAAAUGAAGAGCACUAGUUGGAAUGAUUUUGCCCAUCAAGUAUUUUGUUACCAGAAUCUGUGGAAUGAAUUUUAAACAUUGCAUUGUUAAUGUUUCUAGAAAAAUUAAAGAACUUGUUUAGAAGA